CAAAUUCUUAUUUACUUGAAAAGCAACGUUUUCUCUUCGAAAUAUUACAUCGCAUAGAAAGUCCUUUGCAAAAUGAGGAGUGGCUUAUGUUUGGGAAAUCAUUGGUUUUGGACAAAUCAGCUUAUACUGACUACAACAAUGAAAUGAAAACGUUCUAUAAAGAAUAUUGCAGUAAAAAAUUACUGAGCCGGGAUUCUUUUUUUAGUCCUUUGUUAACAGAACAUUUUGAACAAGCUUUGGGUAUAUUUUACUUUCUUUAUAAUGCACGAGAUUGGGACAUAAUGCAAACAAAUAUCUGUUGGGCUCGCAUUAACUUAAAUCCUGGCAUGUUUGUCUAUGCAAUUACACAGGCUCUGCAGAAACGGGGAGAUUUCUAUGGUUUGAUAUUACCAAAAAUAUAUGAAAUUAUGCCACAACACUUCCUUAAUCAGGAAACAAUCUAUCGGGCAGAAAAGUUUGACUAUGCCUCUUGGAGUACAGCGGAGAUGUAUAAGACAAAACGUGAUAUGAAAGAAAUACGCAAAACAAAUCUACAUAAUCACAUGAGUUGGCAGUGGUGGCUCAAAAGUAAGAUCGGAUAUGAUUUUUUCGAUACGAGCGACAAUAAUGCAUUAUCCUGUAAAACAAAAACUGCUAAAAAUUCGGCACUUUUCACGCAGGCUAUGGAGGAUAUUGAUUACAUAUGUUUGUCAACGGAUUAUAGUCGAAAUAAUUUUUUCAAACAGACUGAACGGAAGUUAACUUAUCUAAUAGAAGAUGUGGACUGGAAUGGUUAUUGGUAUUACCUGAACAUGGGUUUAUCUAUAAAGGAGGCUAUGACACCACAAAAUGUUAGCAAUUUCAAUGAGUACUGGCUUUGGAACUUACAACAAUUGGUAGCGCGUUACAAACUGGAAAAAUAUGCAGUUGGUUUAACUGAAGUUCUUAAUGAUCCCUGUAGUACUCAUAAAAUGGAUUACAUACCCAAUAUGAUAAGUAAAUAUGGUGAAAAGUUUGAGCCAAUGUCCUGCAAACUUAAUGAAAAAGUUAUGCAAUUUAUCAGAAAUAUGCAAGCAUAUAUAGAAAGGGCAAUAAGUAAAGAGAGCUAUGAUGGGCGUAGUGUUAAAACUAUUGAUCUUCAUAAAAAAGAAAAUGUUCUCAAUAUGUUGCAAGAGUUUUUCAACAUUAACUUAAAGCAAAUGUACGACUAUUGGUCUUCUUCUUUCAAUAUAAAACCGAAUCUUCUACUCAACUAUGAAACAAUGUUACGAACUCCUCUUUUCUAUUAUUUUGCAGAAAUAUUAUUGUCCUCGUAUCGGUCCUUAAUAACGCAUUAUCAACCUUAUGACAGUCAUUUAUUUCAACUUCCAGGCGUCAAAAUAAACAAUGUUAACAUUAGUGCUUUGGUUACGCACUUCGAUUUGUAUAACGUCGAUAUAAGCAACCUCUUGAAUGAGAAACAUUUUUAUAUAAUGAACCAAUUUCAAUGGAAAAAAUCGCUACAAGCAAAACAGCAGCGGCUAAACCACAAACCGUUUACUCUGCUUUUUAAUGUAACCUCAGAUAAACCACAAGCAAUCGUUUUACGUACUUUCUUGACAUCAACUUCACGCUCUUAUCGUGACCAUUCUGAAAACAUAUAUCAGCUUGAUACUUUCGUCACAAAUGUAGUGGUUGGAGUAAAUAUCAUACAACGUAAAUCCAUUGAGUUUUUUGGUACAACAACAGAUCCUACAGGUUACUCCGAACUAUAUCAGUAUACGUUGAUAGCGUUAGAUAAUAAAUUCGUGUUUCCUUUGAAUAUCACGACGCCAGAUUGCGCUUUUCCGAAUCGUUUAAUACUGCCACAAGGUUCGAGUGAUGGCGUCAAAAUGGAAAUGAUUUUCGUCGCCACACUAUUUUCACCUAAUGAUUUCCGUUUUGGAAACAACAUGAACUGUAAUUUUGCUGAUGGUAUAUUAAGUUUCGAUAACUUGCCUUUCGGUUUCCCUUUCGAUCGAAAUUUGGAUGAAUUUGAAUUAUUAAACAGAACAAAUGUGUUGCGAAAAAUUAAAAGGUUGCAGUUUGCACGAGAGCAUUUAAAUAAGAGUCCAGCAUUUUGGCGAAAUGUACUUUUUGCAGACGAAGUCAAAAUAAACUUAUUUGGAUCAAAUGGAAGAUCUUAUGUAUGGCGCGAAGUCAAUUCUGAGCUCAAACCACAAAAUUUACGUGCUACCGUAAAACACGGAGGUGGUAAUGUUAUGGUUUGGGCAUGUAUGUCAUCAAAUGGAGUAGGAAAUUUGGUCUUCAUCGAAGAAUCUAUGAAUAAAAAUAUUUACUUAAAGCUUCUUCAAGAAAGUUUGAUUCAAAGUGCAAUGAAAUUGCAGAUUGCAGAUGAUUUUCGCUUUUACCAAGACAACGACCCUAAGCACAAGUCAGCAUUAGUACAAACGUGGUUGAUAUGGCAAUGUCCACACAUUGUCCAAACUCCUGCACAAUCACCAGACUUGAACGUUACUGAAAAUUUGUGGUCCGUUUUGAAGACAAAUAUCAGAAAACAUGACAUCCGCAACAAAUUUGACUUAAGAAACGCUUUACAGCAAGAGUGGAGUAAAAUUAGUCCAGAUUAUACCAAAAAACUGGUUGAUUCCAUGCCAAAAAGGCUUCAUGCUGUUAUUACUAAUAAGAGAUAUCCAACAAAGUACUAA